GCGUCCAGCAGUGGCAUGACGGACGACGAGUCGCACCUCGCGCUGCUGACCUUGCUUGGCGCUGGCGCAUACGCCGUGACAUACCUGCACACGAAGGCGCUCUCAUCGGCUGCAGAGGUUCCUUUCGAGGAAGAGGCGCGGCGCACCGAGCGGCUCGUGCGCAUCCGCGACCAAGCCGCCACGCUCAAGAACGCAUAUGACGCUGCUGUCGCGCAGCACUCGCGACUAGACAAGCUCAUGGCCGACUACGAGGCUGCGAGACUAGCCUCCAUGCAAGGGCUACGACUCGCUGCCAAGAGCGCAAUCGACGAGGUCGCCAUGCUCGUCAAUAGCAGUUGCACCGACUACUUGGACCAGCAGCGUGCUAUAGCGCGACGCCUCCCGCCACCACCAGUAGACGAGCCUGCCCCAGAGACAUUGGUUUUGCAAGCGUUGCCAUCAUCACGAGCACGACCACCUGUGCGGCAGGGGGAGCACGGAGGCGUCGUCUUGCUCAUCAUGAUGGUGUGCUGUGGUAUCGCGCUGUACGCUUCCAAGCGGCGCCAGACGCAUCGAACCACGACACAGACAGCCUCCAUGGCACACGCGACGUACAGGCAACAUGUACGAUUGGUGGCGACGCGGAACGACGAGGAAGACGAUGGGCAUGCUAGCACUCGGCGGGUACCGUAGGAUAAGUCUGCAAUCUUCCCCGCGCGUCGACCCAUAAAGUAAAUACAAGCAUCGACGAUUUAGUAACGCUAA